AUGAACUUCCGCGACGUCUACACGCGCGAGCAAGCGCAGGCCGUCGCUCCUCCGCCUCGUCUUAUCACGGACCAGGACCGUGCGGAGCACCGUCGGCGGCAGCGCCGCCUCCUCAUCGCCGAGGAGGACGAGCGAGCCAUGGCGGAGUGGCGCCGGCGCCACCUGGAGGACGUCGCCAACGAGCGCGCCUACUGGGCGGAGAGGACGGCAAGGCGCCGCGCAGAGCGGGCGGACAGGCGUCGGCGGAAGGCACUGGCCAUAUCGCAAUGCGAUAUCAUUGAAGCAGGUGGGGAGUCGAUCUUUGAGGAUAAUGAUCCUCGUUGGGAGGACAUUUGGCUCGAUACCUCGGACAACACCAGCGAGGAUGAUGAUGAUGAGGACGACACGGAGUAG